AUGUCCUUUUCGCCGCCGGCGCCACACUCGGCAGAGCCACACUCAGUGCAUACGACACCCGCUGCCCUCGCAAAGCGCGCCCGUACAUCAAGUCCGAUCGACACGGACGAUUCUUCCGAUACCGAGUCGACUCUCGAGCUGGACGCAGAUAUGCCGAGCUUCUCACGCACAGACGACAGCGUCGAUGCGCUCAUGGACGAGUCGCUCAAGCUGGACGAGGCGCCGCACGCGACGAUUGUGCGCGAGAUGGAGGCUUGGCGUGAGACCAAGCCCCGCAUCGGCGAUACCUGGUACGUCGUGCCCGCCGCAUGGUACGAGCAGUGGAAAACGAAGCCCCAUGCUCCUGCCAUGGACCUCCAAGCCCUCUGUGCGCCGAAUGGCACGCUCCGCGAGCUCGCUCCCGAAGAGUACGUGCUUGUGCCGACGCCCGUCUGGGACUUUCUGUCGUCGCGAUACCGCAUCGUGGGCGCCUCGCUCGGCUGCCCCGUCGUGCCUGGCAGCGACGGGCCUGUGGUACAGCUGGUCGGCAAGACAGUCGAACUGGCACUGUGCACGCCGUAUGCCCCUUUGGUCGACGCCUUCGAGCCAUUCGUGCGCCAUGGGACGCUGCCGACCGCGCAGAACGACACACGACAGGCACUCGAGGAACGCGUACGUGCGAUGGGUGCGCCUCAACAGGUGCGCUUCUUCCGGCUGCCGAUGACGUUGCGGGCCGUGGCACUGGCUAAUCGGGGCAUGGUGUCUCUCUCUGCGCUCGCCAAGUACCCCAUCGAGCUCGUCGACGAGCACACAACGCCUCUCGAGCUCGUUGGUAUCGACGUGCGCCCGAGCCCCGACGAACCUUGGCAUGUGCCGCACGGCGACCAACGCCACUCGACGCGCUCGUCAUCCACGCCAGCGCUUGGCCUGCGCGGCCUCGCGAACCUCGGAAAUACAUGCUUCAUGAACAGUGCGCUGCAGUGCCUCAGCAAUACACCCGAGUUGCAGCAGUACUUUGCACGCAACGCGCAUCAGGACGAGCUGAAUACCGACAACCCCCUGGGCAUGGGCGGUGCCUUGGCCAUGGCGUACGGCCGCCUAGUGCAAUCGAUCUGGGCAGCACAGCAGGGCGCCGUCGUCCCGCGCGAGUUCAAAAUGGCCCUGGCCCGUUACGCGCCACAGUUCAUGGGCUACGCACAGCAGGACAGUCAGGAACUGCUGGCCUUCCUCCUCGACGGACUCCACGAGGACCUGAAUCGCAUUCACCGCAAGCCGUACAUCGAGGCACCGGACUGGACAGGUGGCUCGGACGCUGAUAUGGUGCGCUUUGCACAGCAGCAGUGGGACCUGUACAAGGCCCGCAAUGACUCGGUAAUUGUGGACUUGUUUCAGGGACAGUACCGCAGCACACUGGUGUGUCCGGUCUGCCACAAGGUCUCGAUCAAGUUUGACCCCUUCAUGUACCUCACCCUCCCGAUCCCUAAUACGCGCAAAUGGCGCGGCCGAGUCUACUUUAUGCGCCCAUCAUCGCCCACUGUGCAGGUCGACGUCCAGCUGCCAGCCACGGCCACCAUCGCUGAUCUACGCACCAAAGUGUCGGCACUCGUCCAGGCCGAGCACCUCGUGAUCGGCGAGGUGUGGUCACAUCACGUGUACCGCUGGAUCCACGACUAUGAGCCGGUGUGCGACAUCAACGCAGGCGAUCACAUCUAUCUGUGGGACGUCGGCACGCCCUUCUCCCUUCCUGCCCCACGAAAACCGCCGUCCCGCUUCUCUCUCUUUGCGCGUCCCGAGCGAAGCGUCGAAGAGGUGGAAAACGCCUACAGCCCUCCACCGAUGCCCGAUCUCGUGUGUGUGCCCGUGUUCUCGUGCAAGGCCGACGGCGUCGGCCGCUUCGGCUCGUUCCGCCGCUCCCUCGGCGAGCCGCUGGGUGUGCCCUUUUUUGUCACCUUGCCCCGGACCCUCCUCCACCAGGUGGAGGGUAUCCAAGACGCCGUCGAGCGGCACUAUCUCCCCCUGAGUCAGCAAGACAGCCUCGAGGCCAUGAAGCAGCGGGCGCACGCCAUGGGCAAGGACGAGCUGUUUCAGCUGCGGGUGGCUGUGCCGAGCGCGGACGAGGCGAUGCACCGCGGCGACGAUGCAAGUGAGCAGACGACCGAAGACUUGGCGGCACGUGCGAGCCGCGGCGGUCCGUGGCCGGUCCUGUUCCCCGGCGCGGCGCUGUACGCCCUGUGGGACAGCGAGGUGGCCGAGGCCGUGCUGAAGCCCAUGGACCGUGCGACGUGGGGUCCCGUCUCUCUCAUCCAGGACACCGACUUUCAGCAGGGCACGGCCAUGCUGGCCGAGGGCCGGCGGCGCGCGCCGAAUCUGCGACUCGAAGACUGUCUCGACGAGUUCACGAAGGAGGAAAAGCUGGGGCAGGACGAUCUGUGGUACUGUCCAUCGUGUCGUGCAUUCCAGCAGGCCACGAAAAAGUUUGAUCUAUGGAAGACCCCCGACAUUCUCGUCGUGCAUCUCAAGCGGUUCAGUGCUGGACGCGGUGCGCGCGAUAAGCUCGAUAACCUGAUCGACUUUCCCCUAACGUCCUUGGAUCUGCGUGAUCGCGUCGUGGGCUCGCGAUUAUGGGCCGACUUGGACAUGAAGCCGGCUCCGCCAGAGACGCGCCUCGGUGACCACGUGCUGGCACACGACGAGCACGAUGACAAGGUGCUCGCAGAUACGCCGAUCUACGACUUGUACGCUGUCGAUAAUCAUUACGGCGGACUCGGCGGUGGACACUAUACAGCGUACGCCAAAAACCCCCUGAACGGUCAGUGGUACCACUUUGACGACUCGAGUGUGCGCCCCGUGUCAGACCCCGAGUCAACCGUCACUUCCUCCGCUGCCUACCUCCUGUUCUACCGCCGACGCACGACGCGGCCCAUCGGCGGCACGUCGUACCAGCGCCUCGCGCGCCUCCAUAGCGAUACCGAAUGA